UCCUUGAUUGGGCUGCUGGCAGUGCAGUGCCGAUGUUGCCAACUCGUGGUGGAGGUGGGGUCCAUGGCCGACUGAUUGGAGGCGAGGCGCACAGGUAAGCAGACAAAAGGGCACAAAACAAGGCUUGUAGAUUUGUACUUGAGCGUCGAGCUGGGAUGUUCGUACUGCAGUGGCAGGUCGAGUGAGGUGGGCUGUGUGCACUACCACUUCGCACUAACAGUGCACCGCUUCUUAGCUUCUUCUCGGCACACCGGCUGCUUGUUGUUUCCGUGUUUGAUGUGCCGUGAUCGACGUGGAGCUGCGAGGAGCAAUGGAGCUGCAGCUAUUGUGAUUGCUGCAAGCGAUGAAUGUGUGUAGCUUCACCUAGAUUGGAUGCGUUGCAAGCUAGCGUUGGCGAGACGUUGAAGUGCUGCAAGCUCAUGUUUGAGUUUAGCAGUUGGGAUUUCUUCCUUGGCGUUCUCUUGGACCUUCACGGAGUAGCAUUUAGUAGUGAAGGGUUUGGCACAGUGCUUUGGUGACCAUGGGUGGAAGUUAGAAAUGCCGCUAAUCAUCAGCAUCUAUCCGCUUCGCAUGCAUUGGCAAGUGCUCUACACAUGGCUGCAAUGACCUAGCUGUCACGAAAUGGCCAGGUGAUGUCAUUAGUAGUGGUGGACAGCAUGCUGAUAGAUAGGGACGGGAGUACAGGGGCAUGGGAAUCGGAUUUGUUAUCAACUUUCCUGCAUUCGCACACUGCCAUCGAGUAGGCCGCGAGAGGCUUGGGAUGAAAGAAGAGAAUGAAUUUCAGCAACACUACCACGAUGCAAGUGAACCUGAGCAAAGUGGGGCUAGGCUAUGGAAUCGCUAUUGCGGUGGGAAUACUUGUGCUCGUCUCUACCAUCAUGCUGGCAUCCUACGUAUGUGUGCGCGUGCACCAGACCAGCAGCGGCAGCCAAAGCGGCAACUCCGCUGGCCCGGCGGCCUACCAUUCCGGAGGAGAUGACGCACAUGGCAAUCCGUUGACAGAAUGGUCUACGAGCGGGCUCGACCAAGUCACUGUGGAGUCGUACCCCAAAGUGGUGUACACGGCCUCCCAACCGCCCCUCAACCUUCAAGACAACUCCUGCUCCAUCUGCCUCGGAGAUUACAAGGACGGCGACAUACUACGAAUGCUGCCGGAGUGUCGACACAUGUUCCACGCGCCGUGCAUUGAUGCGUGGCUGCGGUUGCACGCCUCUUGUCCUAUGUGCCGCACCUCCCCGCUUCCCACUCCCCUCACCACGCCCAUCUCCACCCCGCUCUCGGAACUCAUUCCCCUCGCUCGUCAUCCUCUUCAAAUCCGUCAUUGAAGCUUGUAUAUUGUUUUGAGACGAUUCUUUCUCUCGCCAUUAAGUAACCAUUUGCGGAGCUAGAGCGUUGGGUGAUUUCUAGAAUUAGUCUCUUGUCUGCUCCUUUGAUUUGAGUGCCUCUUUCCUCGGUCCGUGGGCUCUGUGUGAGAUUAUCCUGUGUGUCUCUGCGUCUACGUUACCCAGCAAAAAGAAGAGCUAUUAAUUUGAUUGAUUGGUUUUAAUACCCGGCUCUGAUGAUUGGCAUGCAUUCAACUCAAUUGAUUCUGAAGUCGACGCCUCUUGCUGAUAUUUUGGAGAACGCAUCUUGGUCAACCUCAUUCAGUGAUGUGUUCAAUUUCUCAAUUCCCUCGUUCAGAAGGAGUUGAUUCUUUCUUUCCUCUAGCAUGGCGAAGUCUCGGACUGAGUGCGAAUGCACGAUCUAAGCUCAACCUCAUCGGCGCUACACCGUUACUUUUGAUUGACUACGUUCAACUUGGGCACAAUUCAGACAUAACCUCCACAUGUUUGAAUUUGUAGCUACAAAUAUUAUUUCUCUUGUGAAACUUUGUUGUUUAUCUCCAAUAUCUCAAAAUCCAGAGUGUACCGAACACACAACCUUUUGGGGCUUACCUCUGAUGCGCAUCUGUUUGCAGGACGCUCACACACUCAAUUAGGUGAAGAGAUUAGGAAUAAUCCAGACAUUCAGCGUUCGUCACUUGAAGGAUUCACAAACCAUUAGGCUACAUAAGCCUUGCAGCCGGAAACACCAACUCUGUACUGUAUUUUCUCUACUUGGAGCCCUUUUACGGUGAAAAAAGUUGCUCCACUAGCAAUCCUGCAACCAAUGCCAGACACACAUGUGUUCACCGCAAAUUCUAGAAUAGCCACGGGCCAAUUCCCCACAAUCAAUCAAGGAAACCGCAAUAAAACGAAAGAAUUUGGUUCAUGUUGGAGAAGACAAUUGAUUUAGGACAACUGGGGAACUGUUGGAUGAAUACGUCCAUUCGACUUACUACAUUGAGUGUAAAUCAUAACUACCGAUAUAUAGGCUAAUGUAUAGUUUAGAGUAAUUCUCCUUUACUGCAAGCUUGUGAUCCCGCUAGCCUAGAGUUCAGCUAGUAGUGCUGCAGUGACUCGAAGCGGUUUCUGUAUGAAUGAAUCAAGUGCAUUUGCACAGUAAUAGUAGUCACAAUCUGUGUUA